AUGAGCGUGAAGGUAUAUGUGGGCCUCGCUACAGCAGGCAGCGUGUUUGUUAUAAUAAUGUCGCUGGUGGCUGUCUGCGUCAUCUACAACGAUAUUAACAAUCUGUAUGAUGAUGUAAUGGAUGAAAUGGGCGAAUUUAAGGUUCUGUCGCUUCUGUUCAUCCCAUGUUCUCAGGACCCAAGAAGUCGCUCACAGUUGAUUUUGAGCAAGCUGUCUGGGUUCUUUGGUGAACUAGUAAACGUUUUAAGUAAUUAG